AAAAAGAGAAUAAAGAUGUUUUCUAAAAUAUAUAUGAAACAUCGAAACAAUGAAAUGGAUACAAAAGAUCUAGAUUUUGGCAUUUCAUUUUGAAUAAAACACAAAGACUCCAGACCGAAAUCGCAUUUCGUUCGGUGCCUUGAAGUCGUGCAAACUGUUUUAGCUUAAAGGUCUAAAGAUGCUGGAGAAAAUCGCAAAGUUUCUGAUCAUUUUGGUUGUACUUACUGCCACUGCAAAUGGCUCAAAAUAUCUAGCCCAGAAACCUGAUUUCCUUACACCGUGCGUUGUGGGCGAUCCAAGCCUCAAUAGUUGCCUGGCUCAGAACUUGCAGGCGCUUUUCCAUCAGUGGAAGGACGGCAUACCUGGCUACAAUGCGUUAGGAUCCUUGGAUCCUCUGCAUAUCAAGAGAGUGAAGUUCUCGCAAGAUGCUAGCCAGGCCAUAGCCAUCAAUGCUGAUCUGCAGAACGUAUAUGUGACUGGAGCUGGCCAAGCAGUGAUCAAAGAGGCCAGUUUUGACCCCAAACAUUACGUGAUGAAGGCUUUGGUCUUUGUUCCGAAGCUCCGUUUCCAGUUCGACUACAAACUCAAAGGCCAUGUAGUUGCCCUGAACCUCAAUGGCCGUGGCAGCGGCUACUUUGAAGCUGAGAAAGCCUUGUUGUAUCUGGAAAUGGCGGGCAGGCCACGCGUCACACCCGAGGGGGGUUUCGCGGAUGUGGACAGUCUGAAAAUCUCCUUCCGUGAUAUCAAGCAAUUCCACAUCCAGCUGCAAAAUCUGUUCGGGGGCAACAAGCCCCUGGAGGACAGUGCCCACACGCUUUUCAACGAGAACUGGCGCGAGUUCUACGAGGUGCUACGUCCUGCUGCCGAGCAAACUGUCGGAGGCGUACUCCUCGAUCGCAUGAAAAAGACGUUCGCCUAUGUUCCAGCCAGCUACUUCAUCAAAGACUUCCACUGAGGGAAUACUACGCUAGAAUUAAUGUAACAUUAUAAUAAUACGAGUACCUACACAAUAAUAUA